CUUAAAUUUUGGCACACAAGUACAUCAUGUUUCAUGUGGUCCGAAGCUCUUUGGAAACUAAUAGACGUGGAGAAUUUAUACAUCGACCACCAAAAAUUAAUGUUUUUGCUUAGAUUAGUAAUUGGGUUUUCUUUUCUGAAAGCAUAAUAACCAAAACCUGGAGUAAUUGAAAGAUCAAGUGUGGGAAUGGCGUUGCAAUUCACUAGUACCUGUAACUUCGCUUUUAGCCAGAAAAAGGUUGAACGAAUCAGGGCAGUUGCUUCAGAUGGCGUUGUGAAGGUGCAAACCGAGGAAGAUAAGUUCGUGAAGCUGGGUGGUUCUGAUUUGAAGCUCACAAAGCUUGGGAUUGGAGCUUGGUCAUGGGGCGAUACCAGUUAUUGGAACAAUUUCGAAUGGGAUGAUAGGAAGAUGAAAGCUUGUAAGAACGCAUUUGAUGCAAGUAUAGAUAGUGGUAUAACUUGGUUCGAUACUGCUGAGGUUUAUGGCUCGAGGUUCUCAUUUGGUGCGAUAAAUUCUGAAACACUACUGGGAAGAUUCAUUAAGGAACGUAAGAAGAAGUAUCCGGAAGAUGAGAUAGCUGUUGCAACUAAAUUUGCAGCAUUGCCAUGGAGGCUAGGGCGCCAAAGUGUCCUCUCAGCCCUUAAGGACUCAUUGAGUCGACUCGAGCUCGACUCAGUUGAACUCUAUCAACUUCACUGGCCAGGAAUUUGGGGAAACGAAGGGUAUAUUGAUGGUCUUGGAGAUGCGGUGGAUCAAGGGCUUGUGAAGGCUGUUGGAGUCUCCAACUACAGCGAAAAGCGUCUUCGUGAGGCUUAUAAACAGCUAAAGAAACGAGGUAUUCCGUUGGCUUCAAACCAAGUCAAUUACAGUCUCAUUUACAGGAUACCUGAGGAAAACGGUGUCAAGGCCACGUGUGAUGAACUUGGGAUUAGUUUAAUUGCGUAUUCGCCUAUCGCUCAAGGUGUUUUGACGGGAAAGUAUACUCCGCAAAACAUCCCGACAGGUCCUCGAGGAAAUAUUUACACUGCUGAGUUCCUAACUGAGCUGCAACCGCUUAUAAACAGGAUCAAGGAGAUCGGAGAGAGCUAUAAGAAAACUCCAACACAGGUGGCACUCAACUGGCUCAUAGCUCAAGAUAAUGUGAUCCCAAUUCCUGGAGCCAAAAAUGCAGAACAAGCACAAGAAUUUGGUGGGGCAUUGGGUUGGAGACUAACUAGUGAUGAGGUUGCUGAGCUUCGUGAUUUGGCGUCAAAAUCAAAACCCACAAUGGGUUUUCCCGUUGAAAAGAUGUAA